CAUUUCAAAUCCAAAAUGAAGAGCUUAAUGUUUGUAGUAGCAUUUCUUUCUGCAGUUUUAGCUAGUGAAUUUCUCCAUCCACUCUCUGAUGAGUUCAUCGAACAAAUCAACGCGCAACAAUCAACAUGGAAAGCUGGAAGGAAUUUCGAAAUUGAAGAUUACGAAUUGGUGAAAAUUCUGGCUUCCGGAUCAAAAGGAAUCAGAAAUAGAGAAGUUUUAGCCUUCAAUGUUGACGCUGUUUCUGAUGACAUUCCUGAGUCCUUUGAUGCAAGGGAGGCUUGGCCUAACUGUGCUGACGUCAUCGGUUUGAUCAGGGACCAAUCACAAUGCAGUGCUUCUUGGGCGUUUGCAGCUGCUGAAACUAUGUCUGACCGUAUUUGUAUUCACUCAAACGCUACGAAAAAAAUUCUGGUCUCUUCCCAAGAUGUUUUAACUUGCUCCUUCAUUUUUGGAUGCGAGGGGGGUAACAUUGACUACCCUUGGAGCCAAUGGAAUCAAUUUGGUUAUGUAUCUGGAGGACUUUACAACAACACCUCUCAAGGUUGCAAGUCAUAUUUCUUGCCCAGUUGUGAUGGCCAGCCCUCCAACUGUUCUGGAAGUGUUCGGACUCCAUCUUGCGUACAACAGUGUGAUGACAACUCACUUAACUACAAUUCGCAAUACACCUAUGGCCAGAGAAUACAGGGAUUUUCGUCAGAAUCACGAAUUCAGCAAGAAAUUUUGACCAACGGACCAGUUGAAGGCUCUUUCAACGUUUUUCAAGAUUUCGUCUCUUAUCAAUCAGGAAUCUAUCAGUACGUGAACGGUUCACAUGUUGGUGAGCAUGCAGUGAAAAUUCUUGGCUGGGGUGUGGAAAACAGCGUAAAAUACUGGCUGGUAGCCAAUUCCUGGAACGAAAAAUGGGGUGAAAACGGUUACUUCAGAAUAUUAAGAGGUACAAAUGAGUGUAACAUUGAAAGUGAUGCUGUGGUUGCCUUGCCAGAUUUUAACAGGUUCUUCAAAUUACAUAUAUUCAGUACAAUUUUUUUCGUCAAGAUGAAAAGUUUAGCUGUAGCGUGUCUUUUUGUGACAGUCUCUGCAGUUUUUGCAGGAAAACUACUUCAUCCACUCUCUGAUGAAUUCAUCGACCAAAUCAACGCGAAACAAUCAACAUGGACAGCUGGAAAGAACUUCGAAAUCGAAGAUUACGAGUUGGUGAAAGUUCUGGCUUCGGGAUCGAAAGGAAUAAGAAACAGGGAAGCUCUGAAAUUCAACGUUCACGAUGACUCUGAUGAUGUUCCUGAAUCGUUCGAUUCCAGAGAAGCUUGGCCUGAAUGCGCUGAUGUUAUUGGUUUAAUCAGAGAUCAGUCCAGAUGUGGAGCUUGCUGGGCUUUCGCUGCUGCCGAAGCUAUGUCAGACAGGAUCUGCAUUCACUCCAACGCUACAAGGAAGACUCUGGUCUCUUCCCAAGACAUUUUGACAUGCACGUUAUCUUAUGGGUGCGAUGGAGGUUCUAUAGACGCUCCUUGGAGCCUAUGGUACGAAAAAGGUUACGUUACUGGAGGACUUUACAACAACACUUCUCAAGGUUGCCAGUCGUAUUUCUUACCCAACUGUGAAGACCAUCCCAACAAGUGUACCAACUACGUUAACACUCCAAGUUGUGUGGAACAGUGUGAUGACACUUCAGUAGUAUACAGUGCACAAAAAACCUACGGCCUGGAAGCCUAUAGCGUUUCGAGAGCAAAACAAAUUCAAUUGGAAAUUUUGAAAAAUGGGCCAGUCGAAACCGCUUUUGAUGUUUACCAAGAUUUUGUCUCAUAUAAAUCAGGAAUCUACCAAUACACCGCUGGGGACCUCGAAGGGGGCCAUGCAGUGAAAAUUAUUGGCUGGGGUGUGGAAAAUGGCGUCAAAUACUGGCUGAUAGCCAAUUCCUGGAACGAGCGUUGGGGUGAAAAUGGCUACUUCCGCAUGUUGAGAGGAACCGAUGAAUGUGGCAUUGAAAGUUUCGUUGCAGCCGGACUACCGGACUUCACCAAAUUCUAAACACUUGUAUUUUUUUGUGUUAAAUAAAGUUUCUUGAAUAUUA